AUGGUGGCUCGUGAAGAAAUAUAUGUAGGAAGGGGUAGUAUCACCCUUCGUGGAACCUGUUAUCAACCUAAAUGCUUUGCAGAAUCAAAAGAAGAAAUUUGCAAUAAAAAGCAUCAUUAUCUUCCGACUAUGCUGGAUCUAAUGUCAGCAGGGACAAACUUUUUCUCCAUCUUUACCAGUAGCAUGACCAAUGGACACAGCAUCAUCUAGUAAAAGUUUUUUCAGUUUACUGUGUAUAGGGAUGUCAAAAACCCCCGUGGAACCCCGAUACCGUACGGGACUAAAUUUUCAAAAAAACCGGGAGCGGGAGCGGGGGCAGAAUUAAACCCCGUUUAUUUUCGGGACCGGGGUCGGGAGUCGGCAUUUCCGUCCCGUACUCCCGCGUGGGCCCCGGUUGUACAUUUAUGUAAAAAAUAUAUAUUUAAUAUAAAACUAGACGAGGAGCCCCGCGUUGCGGGGAUGGAGCUAAACAGAAACGAUCGAGAGCAUAUGAUUUGAGUCGGAAAGUGAGUCCAUUCAACUUCAUUGUCUUCUUCGCAUACCAGAAAAACAAUAUUGGACACUUGAC